GGGACACGUCUCAGAGAAAGGGAGAUGGAGUGAGAGAGAGAGUGUACGUGUAAAUAUUGUUGUAACACCUCAAGGAACUGAUUUAACCCGAAAUCCACAGCCACAGGUCCCAUGGCGCUGCAGGUCUUGGUCAAGAAAUCACUAGUGAUGGUGACGGUCGUGACGCUCCUGGUGACGCAGCUCCACGGCACGGUGUACCAGACCCCGUCCAAGGUGCUGUACAUCACCUCGGCGCCCUUUGGCAACUUCCUUGUGGCCCCUGGGAUGAGCAUCCAGCCUUGGGACGCCUUUGCACUCCUCGAAGACAUUGACAGCUGUUCAUGUAAGGUGAGCUGCUGGGCAGCAAUUGCGUGCGUUGCGUGGUCGUUCGUGACGCUGGCCGACGGUUCGAGUCAGUGCAGACUGGCGAACAAGGGGCCCACUGACUUGGACGUCGUGGAACGCAGCAACGCUACCUACUACUUCAAGGAGAGUUCUGUGCCAGGAGUUUACUCCUUCAAGGCGGAUCGCCUCCUGUACCUGACGCCGUCGAUGCUCUUGCCCUACGAGGACGCCAAGGCCCUGUGCGCCAGGAUCCCCGGCCACCGCCUCGGGAUGUACAAGACGGUCCAGCAGCUGAACAUGUUGGAGGAGUACUGGUGCCUUCCUGGGAACUGUCCCGCUGCCCUGUACAUGUACUUGGAAAAGACAUCCAAAGGGGUCCUCUUCGGCGACGGAACGCCUCUCUCUGCCACGGAGAUCGGAGGGACGGACGUCGUUAUGAACGCCCCCGAUGCGUACACCUUCAUUUUCUACAACAAGAAAGUGGAUGAUGACUAUCCAACUGCAGCGAAGUCUUUCCUGUGUCAGGCGAACCCGAUGGAAGUAGGGUGGGUACAGGAUAAGCAUAAACAGUAUUUGGUACAUGAGUAUGAGAGUUAG